AUGAAUUCGACUACUCUUCUGGUUAACAUCACCUCACUUGCCAGUGUCUUGGCACUUUUGGCUUCAAUUUCCACAGUUGUUUAUCUUUACAAUGAUAUCAACUCGUACAGAGAUGAAGUGAUCCAUGAUAUGGAAAUCUUCAAAGAUGAUGCUAACUCUGUAUGGUACGAACUUGUUCAAAUGGCUCCAGUGAAGAAGCAAAGAACUGUUUCUGAUCUUAUCUUCGGACGUGCCAAGCGUCAAGCUCCACAAUGCAACUGUGGACUUACUGCUUCACAAUGCCCACCUGGACCACCAGGUCCACCAGGAGCCCCAGGAAACAGCGGUGAAGAUGGACAUGAUGGUCCAGAUGGACAACAUGGAAAUGAUGGAAAUGGAGGACUUCCUCUCGAUCCUGCUACUGGUUGUCUCUCCUGCCCAGCCGGACCAGCUGGACCUCCAGGAAGACCAGGUUCAGCUGGAUCUCCAGGACCAAACGGAAACCCAGGAUCUCCUGGUAACGAUGGAAACCCAGGAAACAACGGAUCUGACGGACCAGCUGGAGACAAAGGACCAUCUGGAAGACCAGGACAACCCGGAGCUCCAGGACAAAAAGGCAAAGAUGGAACACGUCAAGUUGGAAGAAGAGGACCAGCCGGACUCCCAGGAUCUGCUGGACGUGCUGGAGGACCAGGAUCAGACGGAAAGCCAGGACAUCCAGGAAGACCAGGUUCUCAAGGACCAGCUGGACCUGACGGACAGCCAGGAGCACCAGGCUCAGAUGGACAACCUGGAUUCGCUGGACAGCCAGGACAACCAGGAGGUGACGGUCAAUACUGUCCCUGCCCUCCACGAGAUGGCGAGGUUGUCGAAGCUAAGGUUUCAGUCGGAAAUGAGUACAGCCAUAAGCACCGUCAUGCUGCUGCUGUUCGUCGUGUUUCUAGAAGAAAGAUCGCCAGAAGAAAGGUUGUAGCCAAGGUUGCAGCAAGAAGAGCUGCCAAGCGCGUAUAA